ACUCUCCCUCCUGCAUAGCUAACAAAGUUUCCAUCUUUUGCAUGCUUUAUUCCCAAAUGGAUAGCAAAAACAAUCCAUGCUUCUCUGUUCCUCCUUUUUAUCCCUCCUUUCUCUUCUUCUUCUUCUUCUUUUCCCUCAAAACACAUCUCUCUCUACCAACUGAUUCUCUCUCUGUGGGCCAAUCUCUCUCUGGAAACCAAACUCUGAUCUCCAAAGAAGGCAACUUCGAGUUGGGUUUCUUCUCCCCAUCCACCUCCAACAACAACUUUUACAUUGGCAUCUGGUACAAAAAAAUCCCCACUCAAACUAUCGUCUGGGUUGCAAAUAGAGAUGCCCCCAUAUUCGAUACUUCAUCAGCAGAACUAAAAAUCUCAGAUCAAGGCAACCUUGUGCUUCUCAAUGGCUCCAAGUCUCCGAUUUGGUCGUCGAGUUCGUCCCCCUCAAACUCCAACGCCACCACAGCAGUUCUCCUCGAUAGCAGCAAUCUCAUUCUCACAAGCAGUGUGAAUUCAUCCAUCAUAUGGCAGAGCUUCGACCAUCCGACCGAUACUUAUAUGCCGGGUGGAUGGCUUGGGUUCAACAAGAUUACCGGAGAGUAUCAAAGCAUCACUUGUUGGGAAAACCCCGCAAACCCCACCCCUGGUCCUUUUUCUAACCGCUUGGACCCAGAUGGAUCAAACCAAUGUGUUCUACUAUACAAUGGGUCUCAAGUAUAUUGGAGUAGUGGGCUAUGGAAUGGCCAGUACUUCACUUCAACUCCUUCAAUGGCACAACAAACUGUGUUUAAGUUCACGUUCAUUGACGACCGAGAGCGGAAGUAUGCUACGUAUACUAUGACAGAUAGUUCAGUGAUCAGUCGCUUUGUGGUGGGCUCUUCAGGGCUAGGGCAGCAACUUCUUUGGCUAAGUAAUAGACAAGAGUGGCAGCCAGUGUUUGCUCAACCUCUAUCUAAUUGUGAUGUGCCCUCUGUUUGUGGACCUUUUGGGCUUUGCGACCAGGAAAGCCCGAGCCUUUGUCGAUGCCCCCAGGGAUUUGAGCCAGCAUUAAAGGAGGAAUGGGAGCUAAAUGAUUGGAAUUCGGGGUGUAAAAGGAAAACCCAGUUGAAUUGUGGGACUAAAUCAAACUUUAACAGAGGAGAAGAAGAAGAGAAAGAUGGGUUUUUUAUGAUGAUUAAUACGAGAUUUCCGAGUAAUGGGGAGAAAUUAAUGGUUAGAAGUGCCGAGGAGUGUGAAAUGGCUUGUUUGAACAAUUGCUCUUGUAGUGCUUAUUCUUUUGAUACCAGUUGUUUGAUCUGGACGGCCAAUCUUCAAAAUCUUCAGCAGUUAUACAGUGGUGAUCAAGGAGGUGGUACACUUUAUCUCCGACUCGCUGCAGCUGAUCUUCCUAGUACAAACAAUUCACACAAAGUAAAAACCGUUGUUAUAGUAAGCUUAGUCGGCGGUCUACUUGGUAUAGUCAUUGUUCUCUUUGGACUAAUUUGGUUAUGUAGACAUUGGAGGAAGUCUCGAAUAGUGAGCAAAGUGGAGGGUUCUUUGAUUCGAUUCUCAUACGGUGAUUUACGGCACGCCACGAAGAACUUCUCGGAGAGGCUUGGCGGUGGCGGCUUUGGCUCGGUAUUCAAAGGAGCACUUCCGGACUCGACGCAAGUAGCUGUGAAGAAGCUCGAGGGAUCCAGACAAGGCGAAAAGCGGUUCCAGGCGGAGGUGCUUACUCUUGGAGUCAUCCAGCACAUUAAUCUUCUCCGCCUCCGCGGCUUCUGCUGUGAGAGAAGCCAGAGGCUUCUGGUCUACGAGUUCAUGCCGCACGGAUCCCUAGAUUCCGUUCUGUUUAAAAAGGACUCCGAUAUCAUGCUAAGCUGGAACAUGCGCUAUAGGAUAGUUCUUGGAAUUGCGAGGGGCUUAGCGUACCUUCACAAGAAGUGCCGAGAAUGCAUCAUACACUGCGACAUAAAGCCAGAUAACAUACUUUUGGAUGCCGACUUCAAAGCAAAGGUUGCUGACUUUGGCAUGGCCAAGCUUAUCGGUCGAGAUUUUAGCCGAGUCUGAACGACGAUGAGGGGGACAA